CCAUGGAGUCCAUGUUAAACAAGCUAAAAAGCACUGUGACUAAAGUGACAGCAGACGUCACCAGCGCUGUUAUGGGUAACCCAGUGACAAGGGAGUUUGAAGUUGGGCGACAUAUUGCAAGUGGAGGGCCUGGGCUGUGCUGGAGGAUCUACAACGGCAGCAAAAAGUCCACCAAACAGGAGGUGGCAGUGUUUGUGUUUGAUAAGAAGAUGGUGGACAAAUACCAGAAGUUCGAGAAGGACCAGAUUAUCGAUUCGCUGAAAAGAGGAGUGCAGCAGCUGACCAGACUGCGUCAUCCUCGUCUCCUGACCGUGCAGCAUCCUCUGGAAGAGUCCCGAGACUGCUUGGCAUUUUGCACGGAGCCAGUGUUUGCUAGUCUGUCCAAUGUGAUGGGUCAAUGGGACAACCUGCCCAGUCCUGUGCCUAAUGACAUCAAAGAGUACAAACUUUAUGAUGUGGAAACCAAAUAUGGCUUGUUACAGAUCUCUGAGGGUUUGUCUUUCCUCCACAGCGGGGUGAAAAUGGUCCACGGCAACUUGUGUCUAGAGAAUAUCAUCCUCAACAAGAGUGGAGCCUGGAAGAUCAUGGGCUUUGACUUCAGCAUCUCCUCUAACAACCCGUCAGAUGCUGAGCCCAAGUACACGUGUAAAGAAUGGGAACCUAACCUUCCUCCUCUGUGCCUCCCUAACCCUGAGUACCUGGCUCCUGAGUACAUACUGUCCGUCAGCUGCGACUCUGCCUCCGACAUGUACUCACUCGGUGUGGUCAUGCACGCUGUAUUCAAUGAAGGCAAACCUGUUUUCCAAGUCAACAAACAUGACAUUUUUAAGAGUUUCAGCAGGCAGCUGGACCAGUUGACCAACAUAAGCCCAGCUCUGCUGAACAAGAUCCCCGAAGAAGUGCGGGAGCAUGUCAAGAUGCUUCUCAGUGUCUCAUCAAACGUCCGACCCGACGCCGACCAAAUGACGAAGAUUCCAUUUUUUGAUGACGUCGGUGCAGUCACCCUGCAGUACUUCGACACCCUCUUCCAAAGGGACAACUUACAGAAAUCCCAGUUCUACAAAGGUCUCCCCAAAGUGCUGCCCAAGCUACCAAAGAGAGUCGUGGUGUAUCGCAUCUUGCCGGCGUUGACCUCUGAGUUCGUCAACCCAGACAUGGUUCCCUUCGUGCUGCCCAACGUGCUGCUGAUAGCCGAGGACUGCACCAAGGAGGAGUACAUCCGCCUCAUCCUGCCUGACCUCACGCCUGUUUUCAAACAGCAGGAGCCAAUCCAGAUCCUGCUGAUUUUUCUGCAAAAGAUGGACCUCCUUCUAACAAAGACGCCGGCAGACGACAUCAAGAACAGCGUGCUUCCCAUGGUCUACAGAGCCCUCGAGGCCCCCUCAGUACAGAUACAGGAGCUGUGCCUGAACAUCAUCCCGACGUUUGCCAACCUGAUGGACUACCCGUCCAUGAAGAACUCCCUCAUCCCCCGAAUCAAAUCCGCCUGCCUACAGACCUCCUCACUCGCUGUGCGAGUGAACUCUCUGGUGUGUCUGGGAAAGAUUUUGGAAUAUCUAGAUAAGUGGUUUGUCAUCGACGAGAUCCUACCCUUCCUGCAGCAGAUCCCCUCUAGAGAACCAGCAGUACUCAUGGGCGUUUUAGGGAUCUAUAAGUGCACUUUUAGCCACAAGAAGCUUGGGAUCCCCAAAGAGCAUCUUGCCACCAAGAGCUUGCCCCACCUUGUGUCUCUUAGUAUAGACAACAACCUCAACCUUAAUCAGUUCAACUCUUUCAUGCUGGUUAUCCGUGACAUGCUGAGUCGCAUGGAGGCUGAACACAAGACCAAGCUGGAGCAGCUACACAUCAUGCAGGAGCAGCAGAGGAGUCUAAACAUCUCAAAUCCAGCCAACCAAUCGGAUGAGACCAAGAGCCCGCCCAGCUCUGGAAACCAGAUUGAUGAAAUAUUUGGCAGCACGAGUGUUAACGGGAAAGAAAAUGGAUCUGCUGCAUCGACCUCCCAGCCUAACAGAAUGUCUCUGACUCUGGAGGAGAAACAAAGACUGGCUAAAGAGCAGGAACAAGCAGCCAAACUGAGGAGCCAGCAACCGUUGGCACCGCAGACCAUCAAACCUGCAAGCACCAGCAGCUCACAGACGAAGGACUUGACCAGCAGCCUGCACAACAACAUGGCGUCUCUGAAUAGUCUGUCGUUGGUCAACUCAGCACGACCGCCCCCAGUGCAGGGCGCUACCAUGUCUGCCUUCCCUGCCUCUAACCCCCUCGUUGGCUCCAUGCGUCCCCCAGUUUCAAAUGGCUUCAAUUCACCGUUGGGCUUCCAGACUGGAGGGAUGGGGCCUGCAGGUCCUGGCUUCUACGGCGGAAUGGCCUCCACCACCAGCGCCCCAAACUUUGGAGCCCUCAUGCAGAACCAAGCACCCCCAGGGCAAACAAGUAAACCCACUGACAUGUCAGCCCUGGACAGUCUGUUUACAGCCAGCAAGCCCAAAGUGGCUCUCAACCAAAUGGGUCCUAAUGCCCCCGGAGCCAACACUCCUUGGCUGAGUCCGUUCGGUUCAGCCCAGAAUGCUCAGACUCAGAUGCAGGGUGUGACGGGGGGAAUGGGAGGGAUGUCCAGUGGGUUUGGGAUGCAAGCGAACCCUUUUUUCAGCCCGCAGAACUUUGCUCAACCAGCUGCUGCCCCGACAAUGAACCCGAGCGGAGUCAAACAAAGUGCAUCUGUGAACAAUGAUCUCAAAGACUUGUUUGGCUGAAAGACCAGGAGCUUUGAAUUCUAGUCAUUUUUAAGGGUCACGAUGUUUGUAUUUUUAAUCUCGCUUGGAUUUAAUCUGAUUUGUGCUCACAUUCUGCUGGAAAAUGAACCUGCACCAGAUUUCCAUUCCUACCAGACCAGAAGGACAAAUGGUUAAAGUGGAGGGGGGCGGGGUUUCCUACUGUUUUGUACUUGACGUUCUUGGGGCAUCAAAAUGAGUCGGGCUAAGAUUUAAUGACGUUUAUUUAGAAAGGUUCCGUCUUUGAGUGUUUUUCUGUCGCAUCGUAAAAGACUUCACAUCUGCUCCCGUUCAGGCUUUUGUGAUUUUUCGGGGAUAUUUUCGUAUUCGCUGCGUGUCUAAAGCGAUCAGAUGUUUUGGCGAAGGAACAAAGAUAUCCAUCAAGAGUGAGUCCAGUGGGAGGUAAAGCUGCAGCCGCUGAUCUGCAUCCAGGAGGAACACAUCAAGCACGAGUAGAAAAUUUAAGUUUCAAUCUGGCAACAAACAAACAAAAGCAGCUUCUUUAUAGUUCGUCUCCAUGGUAACCCAUCCUGUGCGACAUAAGUAAUGUUCACUGCUUGAUUGUGCCUUACAAGGUGUACACCUGUAAAGCUAAACUUCACUCAUUUACUUUUAUCCUUUGCAGAUCACUUAUUUUGUUACUUCAUUCACAAAAUACUCCCACUUUAAAAAAAAAAAAAAAAAGGAUUAUUCUUGUGUCAAGCGACCAAUCACAUUUUAUUUCCUGUCUGAUUCGAUGCUGUACAUGAGGCCUUCAGGGUCUAAUAUCACUUUUAUGAAAUAAAGACUUAUCUCUAUAUUUCUACUCGGGCACUUUUCAGCUGAGGACCCCAUGCUGGUGACGGACACUCGUAUGACGUGUAAAUAUAGUUAUUUAAAAAAAAAGAGGGCCUUGGCUUUUAUGUUUUUGUGAUACUGGGUAAGAGGCCUUAGAUGAGUCGAGUGCAAUAAUCCCCAUUUAUUUACCGGUAAUUUUUUUUUUUUGGGUGGCUGAAACUA